AUGGCGACCGCUAAGAAGAAAGUUGUCACUAAAGACGAUCUCCGUCGUUUGAUGAAGGAGAAACAGUCCACAAUCAAGGAUUCUUCUAAGAAAGUCAACCACCCUCUCGCCAAGUACAACAGUCUCAACCAGCUGGUCUGUGUGCUCUGUAACAACAUUAUCAAAAAUGACCUUCUGUGGACAAGUCAUCUACAGAGCAGGCAGCAUAAGGAGAAAGCAGUUGCAAUAAAGACACAAGGACCUGACAAACCAGAUCAUCUGUCGAACACACCAUUGAAAAGAAAAGCAGUUGAUGAUACAGUUAAAGUUGACAGGAAACGGCCAAAAUCAGAAAAAAACACACAAGACCCUAUGAGAAAAAAAAACUAUAAAGACCCUGCUAGCACUGACUCCAAGGAUUCCAGGAGUCAAGUUAAAGAAAGAGCCAGAGCGGCCUUUCUGGCUGGAUACUCCUCAUCUUCCUCAAGUGAAGAAUCUGAUGAUGAUGAUGGCGAUGAUGAGGAAGAAUCCGAGACGUCGACACUAAAGUCAGAUGCUGGUGCUUCCUUAACAAAGUCAUCGAAAACCAGUCUCCCCGGGGAUUUCUUCGACUCACCCAAUAAUGUGUCCAGCUCAGACGAGGUCAAUCCGGAGCCGUCACACAACAAGAAAAUGUCUGAGGUUUUGCCAGAAGGUUUCUUUGAUGACCCAAAACAGGAUGCAAAGGUCAGGGAGGUCGUUUACAAAAACAAGGAAGAGGAAGAAUGGGAACUGUUUCAGAAAGCUAUUAAAGAAGAAGCCCAUGUGUCAGAGGUGAUCAUGGAGGAAGAAGAUGAGCAAUUGAACAUAGACAGAAAUAUUGAUGAAAUAGAUGACCAGAUUCACCGGUGGCAGGAAGUUGAGAACCUGCAUGUCCAGAAGGAGACUAUCUUGAAGAACUCUAAAGCAGGCGGUCAGAGGAAGGAAAACAGCGAAGAAGAUGUUGAUGAAGACGAGCUGGAGGAGAUUUUGGACUGGAGAGCAAAAAAGUCCUUAAAGUAG